AAAUCUAGAUCUCAGUGGAAGUGGAAACAAUAUCAGAAGGAAGUAAACAGUAUGGCUCUUCAAGAAACUGAACAAAGUCCCCAUAUAGAAAACAUGGAUGAAUUUGAUGCUCCUACUAUGAUGGGAUCGGCAUAUUGCUCACAACUUACAGAAGAGCAGUUCAACCAACAAGGAGCAUCAGAGACAGAAAAGGCACUUAUGCAACUCAUGUCCCACCUUGACAAGAACCCAUCUGUAUACAAGAAACUUCUUGAGAAGAAGAAGCAAGAAGAUAUAGAAAAUGCAGGUGUCAUGUCAUUCAUCAAGGCAAAGUUUCUGUCAAGUGUACAAGGAGAGAGUUAUGAAGGCAAUAAAGUCACUGAGCAAGAAACAAUAGAAAAACUGGAUGAUUUAAAAGAAAAUAUGGUGAAGGCAUUCAACUAUGCACAGGAAUCUAAAGGAACCCGCUUUUCAAAACGCUUAGCAGCAAAGAGAACCACAUCACAAACUUCCAUUAAAAGUGUGGGCAAGUCCAGGCCAAAGAAACAGAAAUCUAAAACCAGAAUUCCUCCUCCACCUCCAGCCUUACCCCCAAGGGGUCUCGCGCCACCCCCUCCACCGCCCCCACCUUUGCCUGUAGCGGUGACACCUUUGAAAGAUAACAAGAACAUUAUGACAUCCACCCCAGCAGCAAAAGGCAGCAAACCUUUACAAGUAUGUAGUGGUCCAAGUACAAGAGCAAGUGUCCAUUCAGAAAUACUCCAAUCAAAUCCUUUGAAACGUCUCAAAUCAACAACAGCUCUGAGGUCUCCUGGUGGUACGCCAAUAAAACAAAAAUCCACUCCGAGAGGAAGUCUAGAUGGGUCGCUGAAUAUAAGUGGGUUUGAUCACGAGGAACCAUUGAUGAGGUCAUUCCUAAAGAUCAUGCACCAAAAGUUCAGAAAUAUAAGAACCCCAAGUCCAGGUCCUAGCUCUAGUAGGAAUAACAGUGUUUUAAGUCCACUGGCUUACAGUCCUGGUGAUUUUAGUCCAUAG